AUGUUAGAAUAUACUCCAUUCUUGUUAAUUAUACUAGGAUUUUACUUGACAAAAGCAAUACCAGACGAAUGCUUUGAACAAAAUGAUGGAGUCAGACAACUGUCAGUCCAAAAAAUGGUUUCGUUCCGUCUUGCAGAUGAUCUGUACCAUCUGUCAACAAUCAAAACUUCACGAGUCGGGUGUUUGCGUGCGUGUACUUCGGAACCCUUGUGUAAGGGGUUCAAUUAUGGAAAAUCUUCGAAAACCUGUCAAUUGAAAUCGAUAGGAGAACCAUCACCAUCGGAGCUGAUAGCCAUGGAUGAUUUUGUGUUCUAUAGCGUUUUAUGUGCGACUGAGGCCAUCCCGUCUACGGCCAGUCCAACUACAGAUAGCAUCACAACGGAAGGUCUUACUACAGAUAGCAUCACAACGGAAGGUCUUACUACAGCUCUCUGCCCAACUACAGAACCGUUAACGACAGUUGGUGAGAUAGCGACCACAAUAUCCUUGUUGCCACCACCAGCUCAAGCAGCUCCAAAUAUGCAAACUACUGUCAUCAUGUUUUAUGUCCCGAUGGAAGACAAAAUGGACGUUUUCAUACGAGGUGGGAGGACCCAGAUAUAUACAGAUUGUUUGACCUCAUCGUGUUCAUCCAAUUGUGCUACCGAUGACCCAUGCUCUACUACCAUCACACACGCAUUUUCUCAGACGGGUGGUAAAUGGGACAACUACAAUGCCUGGAAAAAUCAGGACAAUUACUUGGAUCAUUUCGGCCACGAAGAUAAUCAGGGGCUCCGAAUUGGGUCUGAACCGUCAGAGGGGACGCCUCUCGCUCUGACGUCGAACGAUCCCGCCGAUAGCUAUUAUUACGCUCUUAAUCUGUGGGGGCCCGAUUAUUGGAUGUUCCUUGGACUAAUGGAUUGUUCCCAAUCUGAAGACGGUUGGAUAUACUUCAAAGGAGCGAAAACGAUCGGCCCUGCCCCUCAUACAACUCACUUGGAAGUUACGGGGACCCCAGCCACUACCUGCACUGGCAGUGCCGGGGGAACAAUCCCUACCACUGCCAUUGAUGGCCAUUAUAUUAGAUGUGGAUACCUCACUAAGGUAGCAUGGGGAUCGCCAAAUUGUGAAGUGACAUCAAUCUAAUGGUCCACAAUAAUGAAUAUUACAAAAUGGUUUAAACUUAUAUCGGGGAAGACAGAGAGUUAAAGCUGGGAUACAAGAAAGUUGAUAUUCCUUGAAUAUUCAUAUGAUGGUCUUUAUGAUAUCUCACCCCAUCUCUGUAAAUUAUAUUGAUAGUGACGAGAAAUCAUCGCGCUUAUUGAAAUGUUCCAAAUGAUUGGAACCUUGAGAGGGCCAUUAAUCUUUGAGAACCAAGGACUAAUACAUGUAUAUGUCACGAAAUUGACACAACCGAUUUUUGAGACACCUAUGGUGACGCAGGCCGGUGUAAAAGGGUAGGAGGUCCUAUCAAAUUAUGGUCCUACU